AGGCCAGGAAUUGCAAUGUCCGUCCUCUGUUUUAUUUUAGCAAUUUUCACCUUGGCCAUGAGCGGCACCUCUGGUCUCCCCAUGUCAAAUGAGACAGACCGUCAAGCUUUGCUUGCUAUCAAGGAUUUCGUGCAAGGAGAUGCUUUUCCGGUUUUCCGCUCCUGGAAUCAUUCCAUCCUCUUCUGCAAGUGGGAUGGAGUUGAAUGCGGUCGUAAGCAUCAGCGCGUGACCAUUCUAGACUUAUCAUCCCGAGGGUUGGUGGGUUCUCUAUCCCCUCAUGUAGGGAACCUUACCUUCCUCAGGACGAUUGAUCUUGGCGACAACGACUUCCAUGGUACCAUCCCGAAAGAAAUUGGAAGGCUGUUUCGCCUACAACAACUUAUUCUUGCGAAUAAUUCCUUUGAAGGCAAACUAUCUACCAACAUCACCGGUUGGUCGAACAUCAAAGAAAUAAACCUAGUUAAUAACAGCCUAGGAGGAGAAAUGCCUGUUGUGGUGAGCUCUCUGUCUAGUCUCGCGCGACUGGUACUCGGUCGAAACAAUUUCAGAGGAUCGAUACCAGCCUCAUUCGGAAAUCUCUCUGUGCUGUCUGUGCUUUCUUUGUCGUUCAACAAGCUAUCCGGAAGCAUUCCUUACGAACUUGGACGACUUUACAAAUUACGGGUUCUUCAACUGCCCUACAACAACUUGACUGGUAUGGUUCCUACCCAACUUUACAACAUAUCGUCGCUCAGAGUGUUUUCUCUAAUCACGAAUCAAUUGCAUGGAACCCUUGCCCCAGAUUUCGGUUUGGCUCUUCCAAAUCUAGAAGAUUUUAGUAUUGCUAUUAACCAUUUCUAUGGGCCUAUCCCUUCAUCGAUAGGCAAUGCUUCUAGACUUUGGAGAUUCGAAAUUGCACAGAAUUCAAUUAACGGGCCAAUACCAAAAAGUCUGGGAAACCUUAAUGAUCUUGAAUCAUUUGGGGCAGCUAGGAAUCCACUUGAAACUAAGAGUGGGAAUGAAUUAAGCAACAUUAUCAAUACGCUUUCCAACUGUUCCAAUCUACGAGCAUUGGGUUUAGGUGCAAAUAACUUUAGUGGUUUGUUGCCCAAUUCCAUCGCAAAUCUCUCAAAAGUUCCGAGUCAGUUGUAUGUAACAGAAAACGAUAUUUCUGGAAGCAUACCUGUUGGGAUUGGGAACCUUCUGAACUUACAGAUUGUUUCAGUAUUUGGGAACAUGCUUAGUGGCAGUAUACCUGAAUCCAUUGGUACACUCUCCAAGUUGGAGGAAAUUUACAUGUUAGCAAAUAAGCUCUCUGGAAAAAUCCCAUCCUCCAUUGGAAACCUAAGCCAGCUAAGCAUCCUUGCCAUCUCUGACAAUAAGCUAGAGGAAAGAAUUCCCGAUUCCUUGGGAAAUUGUAAACGUCUUCUAGCACUUGAUCUUGGUUACAAUAAGCUCACCGGAACGAUACCUGGACAAGUCUUCGGGCUUUCAUCCCUAUCUAUUGGUCUUUACCUCGGUGGUAAUCAAUUAACAGGACCGAUACCAAUGCAAAUCGGUAACUUGAUAAAUCUCGGAUUGCUGGACUUACAAGAAAACAAAUUAUCAGGAGGAAUCCCAACAACUCUUAGCAAAUUCCAAGUGUUGGAAAUCCUUUCUCUUGCGGGAAAUCAUUUUGAAGGUACUAUUCCCGAAUCCCUCAAUCAACUGAAAGGUAUUCAAUUUCUAGAUCUGUCUCGCAAUAACUUGUCCGGACAAAUUCCCAAGUUUUUAGGAGAGUUGAAUUCACUUCAAAGUCUCAACCUCUCAUACAAUAUGUUCGAAGGUGAGAUUCCAAUUGACGGAUUGUUCAAGAAUGUUAGUGCCUUUUCAGUUGUCGGAAAUAGCAAGCUGUGCGGAGGGGUUGAAGAACUGCAACUUCCUGCAUGUCCAGCCAAAGUAUUGCGGAAAAGGAAAGGACCGCUCAAGAAUAAAGUGAUAAUACCUGUAAUCACUAUGUCUAUUAUUGUUGUGAUUCUAAUCUGUGUCGCAACAAUAAUUUUUCGAAUCAGAAGGUCAAGACGAGAAAUUCCAUUGGCCUUACCGUUUCAAAGCAAGUACCCGAAACUCUCUUAUGCAGAACUUCACCAAGCAACCAAUGGGUUCUCUUCCGACAACUUGAUAGGUGAGGGAAAGUAUGGUCUUGUUUUCAAAGGGAUUCUCAACUCUACCGGACAAACAAUUGCUGUGAAGGUAUUGAAACUUCAAGAACGUGGAGGGAAUAAGAGUUUCCAAGCAGAAUGUGAAGCACUCAAGAACAUUCGCCAUCGCAAUCUCGUCAAGAUAGUCACAUCUUGCUCAAGCAUCGAUUUUAAGCGCAAUGAUUUCAAGGCUUUAGUUUUCGAGUUCAUGGAAAACGGGAGCUUAGAUAGCUGGUUAUACCCAGAAUGUCUUCAUGAGCAACAAGGAACUCUAAGGUUGAGCCUCAUCCAACGUUUAAACAUUGCCAUUGACGUGGCCUCUGCAUUGGAUUAUCUUCACUAUCAUUGUGAAGUAGCUACCAUUCACUGCGACUUAAAGCCAAGCAACGUUCUUCUUGAUGCUGAUUUUUGUGCCCGUGUGAGUGACUUUGGUCUUGCAAAGAUUCUUUUACAAACCACAUGUAGAUCAAACAAUCAAGUUCAAUUGGCAUUGGAGGAACAAUUGGAUAUGUUGCUCCAGAAUAUGGUAUGGGUGAAGAGAUAUCAACACAAGGUGAUAUGUAUAGCUAUGGAGUGUUACUACUGGAAAUGUUCGUCGGAAAAAGACCAACUGAUUGCAUGUUCAGUGACAAUCUUAGCCUCUCUGGUUACACAAAAAUGUUUCUUCCGAACAAGGUAUUAGAGAUCGUCGAUCCCCAGAUGAUAUUGGAAGAAGAAAGGCAUCCAAGUAGGAAUAGGCAAACUAUCACACCGAACACUAAUAAACUUGAAGUUUGCCUUGUUUCUGUCCUUCAAAUUGGUGUUUCAUGUUGUGCUGCACUGCCCAAUGAGAGAAUGAAUGCUAGAGACGUCCUUGCGGAACUGCACAAGAUUAGAAAUGUAUUCCUCGGGGCGAGGGAACAAGGGGGGAAACAUGGUAGUGUGAAUGAUGCUUAACUGAAUCAUGCUAGCAGCUAGCUUGUUUUGAUGUUCUAGAAAUAACUCUCUUAUCUCUCUCCAUCAGCCCCCUCCUUGCUUUAUUCUGCAACAAGCAAGCAUGUAGGUGAUAAAAGUGGUUUUGUGGUUUCUUUCACUGUAUGCAAUGCCUUCUCUUUCUAUCUAUCAAUAAAAUGUUUUUGUCUUUGAAAUGAUUGUUAACUAAAA